CAUCUCCCUCUAGGCUCCCUGGCUUCUCUCUGCCUAAAUCACCACUCCACCCAUAGUCCUCUGCUCUGGGCCCUCCCAACCCAAACUCCUCUGCCCGCCUCCAGGCCCAUGUACGUCCCUCCUUCCUCCUCUGCUCACUUUGAUGGGUGGAGCCUUUCAUCUCCUGCAGGACACUCCUGCUCCUCUGCCCUCCACCCUCACAGCCCUCAAACUAUCUUGCUAUCCUGAGGGCCCCCUCUUCUAACCUGCCCCACAUUCUCCUUCUCUGGGAGCUUUCGUUGGUUCUCCGUCUGAGUCUCCCCAAACCUGUUUCUUAGUAGCCUCCUCCACCAGAAUUCUCUCCACUGCAUCUACUUUGCUUUUGUCUCCCUGCAUUUAUACCUCUGUCAGUGUCCUGGGGGAAGGUCCCAUCUCCCUCGUGGGGCGGGGAGAUGUUGCUGGCUCUUCUUUCUUCUUGCUACCACUCUUCCCUCCUCCACUCUUCCUUGCCUCCACCUCCCAGUGCACAGGAUCCGUCUCUGCACUUAUAGCGCCGCUAAGGACAAUAAGGCAGCCACAGACCAACAGGGGAGCCCCCUGAGGGAAAAGCCAGUCAUGGUUCUCCAUCUUAUUUCUGAAAAAGAGUGUGUUGGAUGCUUUUCAACUGAAAGCAGAUUAUUAAUUCAGCCCUGGCCUUGUUCUGUCUUUGAACAACAGAUAAAUUAGUGUACUUGAAAAGAAAUCUUUUCAUUUGUAUUUCCAUGUCACCUGUGAUUUUCCCUGCCUUCCACCAGCAGCCCUGCCAGCUGGCAGGAAGAAGGUCAGCAAAGCUGCUGAUAAGAGGAGUAUAAAGAGGGCUUGGUUCAUGGCAAGGGGGUAGUGGUCUGCUCUGUUGGCAACAUGCUUCGUUUCCUGGUGUUUGCCACCUUGGUCCUUCAUGGACACAGCACCCAGGACGUUCCAGAAACCAACGCCCGGGUGGUUGGAGGGAAUGAUGCCCGGAAGAAUUCUUGGCCCUCUCAGAUUUCCCUCCAGUACAAGUCUGGAAGUAGCUGGUAUCACACCUGUGGAGGGACCCUCAUCAAACAGAAAUGGGUGGUGACAGCUGCUCACUGUGUGGACAGCCAACUGACCUUCCGUGUGGUGGUUGGAGAACACAACCUGAACCAGAACGAUGGCACUGAGCAGUACGUGAAUGUGCAGAAGAUCGUGGUGCAUUCCCAGUGGAACAGGAAUAACGUGGCCGCUGGUUAUGACAUUGCCCUGCUGCUCCUGGCCCAGAGCGUCACCCUUAACAGCUACGUCCAGCUAGGUGUUCUGCCACAGUCGGGAACCAUCCUGCCUAACAACACGCCCUGCUACAUCACAGGCUGGGGCAGGACCAAGACUAAUGGGCAGCUGGCCCAGACCCUGCAGGAGGCUUACCUGCCUUCCGUGGACUAUUCCACCUGCUCCAGCUCCUCCUACUGGGGCUCCACUGUGAAGAACACCAUGGUGUGUGCUGGAGGAGACGGAAUUCGCUCUGGAUGCCAGGGUGAUUCUGGGGGUCCCCUCCACUGUUUGCUGAAUGGCAAGUAUGCUGUCCAUGGAGUGACGAGCUUUGUGUCCAGCCUGGGCUGUAAUGUCUCCAAGAAGCCCACGGUCUUCACCCGAAUCUCUGCUUACAUCUCUUGGAUAAACAACGUCAUUGCCAGCAACUGAACAUUCUCCUGAGUCUGACGGCCUUCCCAAGACGAUUCUUAGAUCCAUAGCAGGACUUGAGACCAUCAAGGAAAAAAGAUUCUAAGAGACUAUUAAGCCACAUGCAGAAAAGCAAAUAAAACUACAUUAUCAUCGUGCGUCUUUUUAUUUGCAAUUAAGCUCUCUGGAGGAAAUGCAGUUAUAGGACCCAAAUUAGAUUUCACCACAUUUCUGGGCUGGUUCUUCCAUUUGCUGCCACCUCUACCAAUUCAGAAACUGAGCCAAGUGGGAGUGGUUUUACAUUAUCCUUUU